UCAUGCUUCAAAGUUCAACUCAUGUUUCUUUGUUUCAGGUGCUCAGUUUAUCAUCUUGAACUGGAUUUGUAUCUGGAAUAUCACUUAAUCGAGCUUCAAGACUUAGGUACUUUCUUUGGUUCUUGCAUAGUUUGAGUCUCUCAUCAUGGGCCAUCUUUUCUCUAAGAAGAAACGAAGCAGUGUGACCGAGCAAGACCGAGCUGUACUGCAAUUGAAGACAACCAGAGACAAAAUUCGACAAUACCAGAAGAGAUCAGAAGCUCUGCUUGAAAAAGACAGAGAGCUUGCCAAAAAACUUUUAUUGGCACACAAAAAAGAGAGAGCAAAAUUACUCCUAAGGAAAAAACGCUUCAUUGAAGAUCAGCUGCAGAGAACGGAUGGCCAACUCGAGAACAUUGAAAGAAUGAUUCAGGACCUGGAGUUUGCCCAAAUUGAAAUUAAGGUUGUUGACAGCUUACGGGAUGGUAAUGAGGCCCUGAAAGAAGUGAACAAGCUCCUCAGCAUUGAUGACAUAGAAAGGAUAUUAGAAGAAACUAAAGAGGGUGCAGAAAAACAAGAGGAGAUCAGUGCCCUUCUAUGUGGAUUUGCUGCAGCGACAGGGCUUACAGAAGACGAGCUGGAUGCAGAACUUGAUGCUCUACUGCAGCAGGACUCCUCUGGCGACAAGAUACCUGAGCUGCCUUCUGUUCCUGAAGAGCAACUGCCCGAUGUGCCGCAAGAGGAGCCUAGUGCUGCAGCGGCCAAGUCUAGACCUCAGAAGUCACCACAGAAGAGGACAGCUGUGGAGGCCUCGUGAACAUAUUGCCUUAGGCUUCUGUUUACUUAUUAACUUAUUGCUGACUACAUUGUUUUGUUGAGAUCAGAAAAAGCUGGGCUUCCUUGUUAGAAAGUGCCUCCUACACAGGCUAUUCCUUUGAAAAUAAGAUAACUGUCAACGUGACAAGAUUAGAGACGUUUUGCCACAUAAAGUCCAUUGAAGUCAAAUAUCGCCUUGAAAUGUUUGUGGUAUCCCUUUUUGAAAUUUUUUCGAAAUGACUAUUUUAAUCGCUAUUUGCAUUUUUUAAUUUUAUUCCAGAUCUGCUAUUAUUGCUAACGGCAUCAUUAUUUGACUUUUAAAAUGGUACCAUCCUUUUCAAUGAAUUUUCUUUGUUAAGUGAUGUUU